AUGGGUUUCUCGGGUACACUUAAUGUGUUUGACAGCACCUUGAAAUCGCCGUCCAACCUGCCAUAUUUUGAGCUGAGCUGGUCACCCUUGAGCACCGUCGAGAUGCUCAACGUCCUCCUGGGAUUCCUCGUCAUCGGUAUCGCCUCUUUCUCCAAGGUCGCAAUCGUUCCCAUCAUCUCAUCCGCCGCCGGGGCUAUCGCGAACGGGCUAUGCUAUUAUGCCUACUACGACGAGACGUACUACCCUCUCGAAAGAAAAGCGGUCGUCGCGGCCUUUGGAGACUUUUUCUGGAUGGUCCAAGAAGCAAGCCUCCCCUUCUACAGCUACAUCCUCCUCCGCAACAUCCUCCACGGCACCCGCCGCAAAAUCUUCACCACCCUCUUCUGGCUAGCCCUCUUCGCCAUCCUCAUCGUCCGGAUCCUCAUCAUCGUCUUCCGCGUCCAACACAUCCUCCGCGCCGACGGCAGCCUGCAAAGCCUCAUCAACGGCCUGCACAUUGGCUACUUCUGCCCGCUCGCCAUGACGGAAUGCGUGAGCGCCUACUUCCUCCUCGGGGCGUUCGCCGAAACGCGGGCGGCGGCGACGCAGGCGGGUCUGAGGAUCGGGUUCGUGCGGUACCUGGUGCGGAGCAACGAGGUCCGGCUUGCGACCCUGGUCGUGACGGGGGUUAUGAGGACGGUUACGCACUCGUUGAAUAAAGAGCAGAGUAAUUCGGUCACGAGUUAUGCCGAUCGGGUGGCGUAUACGCUGGAGUGCUUCUUCCCGGUCAUCAUGUAG